GUUUCCGGUGUUGUGAAUGCCCCUGGAAACAUGGCGGUCAGCAUCCGCGGCCGUCAGAUCCGAAGCCUUCGGAUGCGAGGUCGGAAUGACAGCGGGGAGGAGAACGUACCGCUCGAUCUCAGUAGAGACCCUGGUGAUAACCUGCGUGAGAUCCUGCAGAAUGUGGCCAGACCACAAGGCGUCACCAACAUGAGGAAACUGGGCCACCUCAACAACUUUAUUAAGCUUCUCUGCAGUGUUGGCCACAAUGAGGAGAAGUUUGGGUUUACGUAUGAAGAGAUCAUCAUGUGCCUGCGGCUGGCACUGCUCAAUGAGGCCAAGGAGGUACGGGCAGCAGGUCUGCGGGCGCUGCGCUACCUCAUCCGUGAUACCAGUGUCCUUCAGAAGGUGCUUCGACUACAGGUAGACUACCUGAUUGCCAGGUGCAUUGACAUACAACAGAGCAAUGAGGUGGAGCGGACACAGGCCCUGAGACUGGUGCGCAAGAUGAUCACCGUGAAUGCGCUGCUAUUCCCCAGCUCCAUCACCAACUCCCUAAUCGCUGUGGGCAACGAUGGCCUGCAGGAGCGUGAUCGCAUGGUGCGCGCCUGCCUGGCUACCAUCUGUGAGCUGGCCUUGAAGAACCCCGAGGUGGUGGCACAGAGGGGCGGUCUCAGCACCAUCUUGAAGAACGUCAUCGACUGUCAGCUGAGCCGCAUCAACGAGGCCCUCGUCACCACCGUCCUGCAUCUGCUCAACCACCCCCACACACGGCACUAUGUUCGCUCUGAUGUGGAGCUGGAGCAAAUCCUGGCACCUUACACGGACUUCCACUACAGACACAACCCAGACACGGCUGAUGGGCAGCUCAAGGAGGACAGAGAGGCACGCUUCCUAGCUAGCAGGAUGGCUAUCGUAGCGUCCUUCCGGUCCUGGUCAGGGAUCAUUAACCUGUGCAAAUCAGGCAACUCCGGAAUCGUCUCGCUGAUUGGCUUGCUCUGCAUACCAAACAUGGAUGUCAGGAAAAGCCUGCUGGAGGUGAUGUACGACAUAUUCCGCCUUCCUGUUCCCGUGGUAACCCGGGACUUCAUGGAGGCUCUGCUGAGUGUGGACCCCAGCCGGUACCAGGAUAGCUGGAGGUUGUCUGAUGGCUUUGUGGCGUCAGAAGCAAAGACCAUCCUUCCACAUCGAGCAAGGUCACGGCCUGACCUGAUGGACAAUUAUCUUGCUCUGGUGCUGUGUGCUUUCAUAAACAAUGGCCUGUUAGAGGGUCUGGUGGAGGUCAUCACCAGCAGCGACGACCAGAUCUCAGUCCGAGCCACCAUUCUCCUGGGGGAGCUCCUCCACAUGGCCAACACUAUCCUCCCACAGUCUCAUAGCCACCAUUUACACUGCCUGCCCACACUAAUGAACAUGGCCGCCUCCUUCGAUGUCGGCCAGGAGAAGCGCAUGCGGGCAAGUGUGGCCGUGAAUCACUUGAAGUGUUUCCACGAGAGGAAGAAGCGGGGACCCAGACCCAGCAGCCUGUACCUUGAUCACAUCCUGCGCAAGUCCACAGCCUCCCGCUGCUCCGCAGAGCAGCACCCUCGGGCUUCCAGGGACAUAUACCUCAUCAAGGAUACUGAGGAGGCCCUUUUGAUGAACCUGAAAGAUAGUCAGAUUCUGAACCACAAGCAGAACCUGGAUUGGAACUGGGUUCUGAUCUCCACUAUCCUGAAGUGGCCGAAUGUCAACCUCCGGAGCAACAAAGACGAACAGAUACACAAGUUUGUUCGCAGGCUGCUGUACUUCUACAAGCCCAGCAGCAAGCUGUUCACUAGCCUGGAGCUGGACCACAGCAAGGCAAGGCAGCUCACAGUGACUGGCUGCCAGUUCAUAGAGUUCCUGCUGGAGUCGGAUGAGGAGGGCCAGGCGUACCUAGAGGAGCUGCUGAGGGACAUGGUGCAGUGGCUGUCGUCUUGCUCGGGGCUGAAGGCCGACCGUAGCCUCCAGAACAACGGCCUGCUCACUACACUCAGUCAACACUACUUCCUGUUCAUUGGCACCCUGUCUGCCCACCCCAUCGGAGUCAAAACACUGGAAAAAUGUGGCGUCUUCCAGUGCCUUCUCAGCCUGUGCUCGCUGAAGAACCAAGAGCUUCUCCUGAAGCUGACCGUCACCACGCUGGACUACAGUCGCGACGGACUCGCUCGGGUGAUCUUAUCCAAGGUCCUCACGGCCGGCAGCGAUAACUGCAGGCUGUACGCCACCAAGCAGCUUCGGGUCCUGCUGCGUGCCAACGUGGAGUUCUUCAGCACCUGGGGCAUCGAGCUGCUGGUCACGCAGCUGCAUGACCGCAACAAAGCCGUCUCCAUGGAAGCGCUGGAUAUCCUGGACGAGGCCUGUGAAGACAAGGCGAACCUCCAUGCAUUGAUUCAGCUGAAGCCAGCGCUAACUCACCUCGGCGACCAGGGUUUACUGCUCCUGCUGCGGUUCCUGACCAUCCCAAAGGGCUUUUCCUACCUCAACGAGAGGGGUUUCAUCACUAAGCAGCUUGAGAUAUGGCAGAAGGAGUACAGCCUGCGCUAUGUGGAUCUGAUAGAGGAGCAGCUGAACGAGGCGCUCACCACAUACCGCAAGCCCGUCGAUGGAGACAACUACGUACGGCGGAGUAACCAGAGGUGCCACAGGCCAAACGUUUACCUCCCUGUGCACCUGUAUGGUCAGCUGGUACAUGAUAAGACGGGCUGCCACCUGCUGGAGGUUCAGAAUGUGGUUCCGGACCUCAGCUAUACCGUGCGUUCCCCGGUGCUGGACAGCUGGGAGGGCGUCAAGCAACUGAAGGCAGCGCUGUGGGCCCUGGUCAGUGCUAUGUGUGUUCUUCCGGACUCUUCUGCACCUCUGCUGGGAGGCUUACUUAUACCGAUACGUUCUGCAACUUGUUCUCAGGGUAACAUCAGUUCCUCCACCUGGGGUCUGAACCUCCUCCUGGAGGAAAAUGUGAUCCCCGACAUCAUGGCUCUGGCCCAGCAUUGUGAGGUUCUGUCUGUUCGUGGGACCGGCCUUUACGUCCUGGGCCUGAUCGCCAGAACCAAGCAGGGCUGUGAGGUUCUGAAGCAGCAGGGCUGGGACGCGGUGCGGCACAGCCGGCGGCAGGCCUGGCCCGUGGUGACGGACGAGAUGGAGCCGCAGCCGGCCGGUGAGCUGUCCUCCGUGCCCAGCACUCUCAGCCUCAACUCCGAGUCCACGGGCUCGCGGCACAACAGCGAGAGCGAGUCCACACAGCCUGGCCUCUACAUCCUGGAUGACGAGCGCUUUGGGAGCCCUGAAGCCCCAGAGGAACAACCGGUCCUCAUGCGACCCAAGGUCCUCAAGGAGCGGAGCCCUCUGGCGCUGCUAACGCCAGGCCGCCUAGUCCGCAACAGCUUCCUGAAUGUGCUCAGCCUGCCGGGCAAGAAGCAGCGCAGCGCCAGCGACCCCAAGGGCAGCAGGGGGGCCUGGGAGUCGCAGCUGGCCAGCCUGUGCAGGAGCCGUACCCUCACCGAGCCGUCCGUGUACAUGCCGGGUCAGCCGGACCCGUUCACCUUCGCCCGAGGCCCGGAGCUCAGGGAGACGGUGUCGCGGUCGCCCCGCGGUGGGGGCAUAGCAGCCCAGCCGGAGCCUGGUAGCCGCGAGCGCCUGACUGGUGACGGCUCCUCCUCCUCAUCUUCCGGAGGCGGCGCCCAGUUCAAGAGCCGGAGCCAGAGCUUCAACACUGACACGACCACCAGCGGGGUCAGCUCCAUGAGCUCCAGCCCGUCCCGCGAGGCCCCCGGCGUGGACUCGUCCACCGGCGACACAGACUGUGCCAGCCUAGACACGGUGGGCAGCACGCGCACCGUGCGCACGCCAUGCUCGCUCACGCCGCAGUCCGACCACCUGCCCCUCUCCAAGUCCAGCUCGGCGUCGCUGGUGCCGCCCGGCUCCGCCCACACGCUGCCACGCCGUGCCCAGUCGCUCAAGUCACCCUCGGUGGCGGCCAUCCGCAGCCUGGCGGACUGCAGCUUCGCGUACACCAGCCCCCGGGACGCGCUGGGCUACGCCACGCUCAAACGGCUGCAGCAGCAGCGCAUCCACCCGUCGCUGUCGCACAGCGAGGCUCUGGCCUCCCCCGCCAAGGACGUGCUCUUCACGGACGCCAUCACCAUGAAGGCCGGCAGCCUGGACUCCCGGCUCACGCCCCGCAGGGAAAGGAAACCAGAAUACAUGGGAUGCGAACGUCCAGCACUGGCAAGGUUCCUGAAGGCCUUGAGCUUCGCAUCCUUGGACAAGGAGGAGCUCCUGAGCCCCAUCAGCCAGACCACGCUUCACCGCUCCUCCUCUGUGCGCUCCAUGGUGUCCAGCGCCACCUACGGGUACAGCGAUGACUACAUCGGGCUGGCAUUGCCCAUGGACAUCGCCGACAUGUUCCAGCUCAAGGAGGCCCCGUAUUUCCAGACCAGCCCCCAGGCCGAGGAGAGGGCCGCCAAGUUCUUUAUCGGGGGGGAAUCGGAGGGCGGCUGCUACACCACCCCCCCAUUGCGGCAACAGCUCAGCAUCACCGAGCUGAUGGCAGCCAGCCGGGCCGACCCGCAGGCGGGGCCAGGUCCAGAGGAUUCAGGAUUGCAGGAGCAUCACGAGGACAACUGCUUGUACUGUGUGGGUGUGCGUGCGCGCGGAGGCCACGCCCACAACCGAGCAGAUUUCACAGACCUCUGCUAUUCAGACUGGUGUGGCCCUGCUGUCGGCCCCCACCACCUGGAGGUCGUACCCCCAUCCAGCUGCUCGGGGGUGUCGGGCUGCAGUGACACGGUGUCCCAGGGCUCUGCCAGCAGCACUCGCAGCACCGAGCUCAUGCUGGGAGGAAAGCCCAUCCCAGAAGACGCUCCUGCUGGCAGGGCCCUGCUGCGGAAGGAAGUGCUUCGUCUGGUGGUCAGUCUCAGCUCAUCUGUGGGAACCAAGGGCCAUGAGACGGGCCUGCUUACGAUCAAGGAGAAGUUCCCGUACGCCUUCGACGACAUCUGCCUGUACUCGGAGGUGUGUCACCUGCUGGCCAAUUGCCUGUUCCGCCUGCCGUCCCGCCGCUUCAUUCAGGAGCUCUUCCAGGACGUCCAGUUCUCCCUGAUGUACGAGGAAGCGGAGAUGAUGCUGUCAACGCCACCGAAGAAAGCUGGGGACGAGCCCUCCCAGGACUCCUGACGGCACUCCCCCACCGCCUUGCACCCAUGGCCCCGGUUGUUCUGCAUCGCAGGGUGAGGCGGAGACAGUGGGAGAGGCGUGGUGGGGAGGGCGACACCCAGUAAGGCGGAGCAGAGAUUACUGGUGAAAGGAAAUAUAUCCAGGAGGACCCUGCGGAGCCUGACCUCCAGAGGAUGUCCCCGGUACAGCACAGCUAUGAGAUGGAGAUGACGAUGAUGAUGAUGAUGAUGAUGAUGCGUCUAUUUAUGAUUUCUUUCUGCAAACACUACAGUUGGUCUUGCACAUACGGGCGCUGUCCACCGUGUACACUGCCCAUGCUCAGCUACACGUAGGGAGGUGGAAGGUCUCUCUUUCACCCCGAGCUUUUUUUUGAUAAAAAAAAAAAAAAAAAAAACAAGAACAUCAGUUUAACCUGUAUUCUGGCACAUUUCCGUUUUCCUGUAAUUUUCUGGUGCUGCCACCAGGGAGCGGCACCUUUUUUUGCGGAGCUGGACCUGGUGCCAGAUUCAAAUCCCUGGAGACUCAGCCGAGCAAGAGGCAGCAGCCUGAGAUGCAGUGACUCGUCUGUGUGCCGCAUCAGGACGUGGCGGCGUCUUACACAUAUGAUCUGCACGUGUCCAUAGGCUCACUAAGGUGCCUUCCUUGGAAAAAUUCUUUUUGGGAAGGCAUCAGGUCAGGGCAUGCAGCCUGUGGCUGAGUCACUCGUCGGCAUGCCGUAACGAUGUAAAGACUCCAGUCACAGACGGGAAGGUGCCACUUUGAGACUUUCCUCCGAGCUGGAGUCCAUCCUUCCUGCCGACACACGGUCUGCGUUUCGGUCAGCAAUGGUGGAAGGUUGGAGGUGACCUCUUUUGUGGUGCACACUGCCCAUGGCAUUUGGGAAGAGCAGGUGUUAAAGAGGGGUUCUGGUAAUUAACCACAGGGUGCUGAGCUGGGUACAGGUGGGAGGGAGGGGGGGGGAGAUUUCUCCUUUCUGCACUAAAUCACCACAGCUUUCUUUUUUUGGGCAGCUUAUUUUUUGUAUUUGAGUCAAUAGUGUAAGUCUGUGAUGUGACUUAUUUUAAUAUCUAGUGACUCUGGAUUGACAGUCUGGUACUUUCUUCAGUGACUUUGACCUUCCCAGUUCCUCACUGUGCUGAUUUUCCUCAUGGCAGAAUCCUACCCAGCAUUCCCCAGAUGUCUCCCCCCUGGUGUUUAAACAGCAGCACCGGUCCUUAGGGGAGAAGAUACUUAAUGUCUGGCUUUGACUGCAUUGGGGAAAAACUGCUUCCCCCCCACUCCACUUUUUUAUGGAGAGACACUGUUUCUGAAGACUGGGGAGCUGCCUCAACUAGUUCAUAGCCGAAACCAAAACAGUUUUUCUCUUCUGUAGUGUCGUUACUAACUACAGGUCAAGUGUUGCAAAAAUUGUGAGUCAGAGAGUGUGGCCACCUCCUGGAAUGCACUUCCCAUAAUUCCUCUGGAGAAACGGGACAGACGCCAAAUGCGAUGGAGCAGCGGGUCACUAUUGCACAAAGUUACACUCUGAAUUCCUCCUUUAUGAUUCCCUUUUCCCUGUGCGCGUUUGCGUGGCUAAUUUAUUGCUACAAAACAUUACCUAGAGGGUUAAUCCUGACUUUAUACUUAAGUAUGCAACGUUUCACCCCGGUGACUAUAUAAAUGUUUUAUACAGAAAAUGCAUGAGAUGGGUGGGGGGUUAAAACACUGCCAUAAUUUCGGAUCCCCCUUUAUUCUUCGUGUUUUUGGUUUGAGCUGCUAUUAUGUGGACUGCCGGGUACUGCCCGGUGUCGCCUAUGUAAUAUUGUGUACUUGUAUUAUAUUGGAGGAAAAAGCAAGAUAAGACCAUGAAAAGAUGUAUUUAUUUAUUUUUUCUUUAAGGAAAUAACUGUAUAAUUUAAAAACUUUUCCUUAAUUUGUGAUUUCUCCUGUACAGUUUUCAGUAUGUUUUGGCCACGUUAUGGUCCUCGAGAAUCUUACUAUCUUACAGAAGGGAUACUUUGUUAAUAAAACACCUAUUCAAACCUG